CACCGGCCAUAGCACUCCUCCUCACCACAUACAUACAUCAUUGGGCAUGGCAACAGGUGCCUACCGGCUUCUCACAGGACAUCCGCACGACGAUAGUGUGUGCUCCCUGACCCUCUCUGACCGUCAAGGCCGGCGAGUAGGGGACGGAUACACAAUCAAAACACCUCACGGCGGUACACUCACAGUCUACUCUUCUUCCCCUCUCACCGACGAAUCCACCAGUACUUACACAUACUCUUAUGCCUACGGUCCAACUGGUGUUUCCGGCCUCUUCAGCAACCGAUAUGCUGCAGGCUGUGCGAUAUUCGCCUCCGUAGGAGGCCUCUCAUUCGGAUACGAUCAGGGCGUGAUAGCGAAUGUACUCGUCAUGAAAGAUUUUGUUUCAAGGUGGCCUGUUGGACCAUGGGAGAAGGGCAUCAUGACUGCUGUGCUUGAGCUCGGCGCACUUUUCGGAGCACUUCUGGCGGGUGUGUCGGCGGAUAAAUUCUCAAGAAGACGUUCUAUAUUCCUUGCUUCCCUGGUCUUCUGCUUAGGGUCAGGUUUUCAAGCAGGUGCACAGUCCCUCAAUCACCUCAUCCUCGGCCGCGCCAUCGGUGGCGUAGGUGUCGGCGCCUUAAGUAUGCUAUCCCCGCUCUACAUCGCUGAAAUAAGUUCUCCCGAACUCCGCGGUUCUCUUAUGGCUCUGGAGCAGCUCGCUAUUGUGCUUGGCGUUGUAUUUGGCUUUUGGUUCGGCUUUCUUACACGAAAUGUGCAAGGUUCGGCCUCCUGGCGCAUUCCCCUUGCAUUGCAGUUCUUGCCAGGCAUUUCCCUCUGCCUAGGGUGCUUCCUUCUCCCACCCUCCCCGCGCUUCUUAGUUCUCAAAGGAAGGCUGGACGAUGCUAUGCAGUCACUUUCUAGGCUUAGAUUACGUACGGCCGCGGAGGCCCCGUAUGAUCCGUUACUCCAGCUGGAGUUCUUAGAGAUGCAGGUGGACGUUGCCCUCGAAACGCAGUGCUUGGGUACGAAUGACAGAGAAGGGUUUGUGAACAGCUGGAAAAGGCUCUUCCACCGGGAGUACUUCGAUCGGACGCUUUUGGGGAUCAUGAUCAUGUUCUUUCAGCAAUGGAGCGGGAUUAAUGCUUUACUUUACUACGGCCCAACGCUGGUCAGAAGUAUCGGUCUCGAGGGUGAUUUAGUGUCGUUGCUUGUGUCAGGCGGUAUCGGGAUCGUGCAAUUCCUGGCCGUGAUACCUGCAAUUCUAUACCUGGAUAGGUUGGGUCGUAAGCCUUUGCUGAGAGGUGGCAGCGCGCUAAUGACCUUGUCUCAUAUCGUUAUCGCUAUACUCAUCUAUCAUUACGAAGGGAACUGGCCUGCGCAUUCGUCUGCUGCGUGGGUGGCUGUUAUAUGCAUAUACACCUUCACGGCAGCGUACGGAGUGAGCUUUGGCCCCAUCGGUUGGGUACUCCCGAGUGAGGUGUUCCCACUUUCAAUGAGGAGCAAGGGCGUGUCGCUGGCCACGGCCUCGAACUGGGUUAAUAACUUUCUGAUCGGACUUAUCACUCCGCCAAUGAUUCAGUCAUCUGCCGCAACAACCUUUCUUCUCUUCGGAACAGCAUGUUUUGCGGCACACUUUUGGAGCACGUACCUCGUCCCCGAAACUGCAGGCAUCUCGCUCGAGGAAAUGGAUGCCGUGUUUGGAACGACGGCAGGAAAAGAUGAUGGAAGGGUGAAAGUAGAACUCGAACAGGACUUCGGCAUACACAAUCUCGUUAGGGGUCUCGUGAACAGGUCCGACUAAGUUCUUGACUAACUAUCCUUGUCGCAACCGAGCUCGGCAAGGACUCCCCUCGAUGGUCCACCUGACCUUUCACUCGCGGCCGUUAGUAUGUAUGGACAAAGUUUGGUUCGCUUUACUAGCGUGAUCAACCCAUCCCGCAUCGACCUAAACGCGAGUUAGGAUGAAUAGACGGAAAGAGCAGAGGAGCGAGGCAGAUGUAGAUCCACACGUACUCGGUGCUAGCCAUACAUAUUUCAUAUCUUGAUUGAUCGAUGUCAAUGAGUAGCUUCAAGAUCAUCGUGCCAUCAGCGUCGC